AUUGCAGAUUUCGUUAUCUAUCUCGGAGAUGUCAUCACAGCCAACAAUAUAGCGAUUAAAAAUGCAAGCUUGUACUGGGAUCAGGCAGUUUCUCCAACAAGAGCUAGGGGUAUUCCUUGGGCAAGUGUGUUUGGAAACCACGAUGAUGCAGCAUUUGUGUGGCCAAUUGAGUGGUUUUCAUCCCCUGGAAUUCCUGAAAUUCGUUGCCGUGUAGCCAAUUCAUCAUGCUCAGGAGAAGAAGAGUGUCGCUUUGAGGGCACACAACGUCUGGGGUUAAUGAAAAAUGAGAUUGAGCGUAACACGCUAUCAUACUCUCGAUAUGGUCCUAAAGAACUUUGGCCUAGUAUAUCCAACUAUGUCCUCCAACUUUUGUCGUCCGACAAUCCCAAGUCACCUGUGGCAUUUUUGUACUUCCUAGAUUCUGGUGGUGGUUCCUACCCAGAAAUUAUAUCCAGUGCCCAAGCAGAAUGGUUCCGCCAGAAAGCUCUAGAGAUGAACCCUGAUUCAAGGGUGCCAGAGAUAAUCUUUUGGCAUAUACCAAGUCGUGCUUAUAAGAAGGCGGCUCCAUGGUUCAGUAUACACAAGCCUUGUGUGGGUUCAAUUAACAAGGAGAGAGUAGCAACUCAAGAAGCUGAAAUGGGUAUCAUGAAACUUUUGGUUGAAAGGCCUUCUGCCAAGGCAAUAUUUGUAGGACACAACCAUGGAUUAGACUGGUGUUGCCCCUACGAAAAACUGUGGCUAUGUUUUGCUCGGCAUACCGGUUAUGGUGGGUACGGAAACUGGGACAGAGGAGCUAGAAUUGUGGAAAUCACCGAGCAGCCUUUCUCUGUUAAAUCUUGGAUAAGAAUGGAGGAUGGUAGUGUACAUAGUGAAGUUGUCUUGAGUCCUUGAAAACUAUUCCCUUUUAACUACCAACAGAAAGAGUAAAAAUCUUGAAAAAAAAUAAUACAUGUAUAUUUACGAAAACCAUAUUUGUAUGUACUUGUAUAUAAAUCAAUGUAUUAAAAGCGUGAGGUGUGGGUGAGGCGUCCGAGGUGAAGCCCGGCCUAGGCGUGAGGCGAAGCCUUACGGGAUUAAAUUUUUUUAUAUAUAUAUGAUUUAUAUAUUAUACAUUAAUGUGUAAAAAAAUAAUACUUUGUAAAAUAAACAUCCAUUCUCAAUUUA